AUGUUUACUGGUAUUGUAGAACAUAUUGGUACUGUUGCUGAGUACAAAGAGUUGGACGAAACUCUUAGUGGUGGUAAUGGUGUUUCGGUGACCAUUAAAGAUGCGGCCCCAGUUUUGAGUGAUUGUCAUAUCGGAGAUUCCAUUGCAUGCAAUGGUAUAUGUUUAACAGUGACUGAAUUCGAUUCUAAUUCGUUCAAAGUUGGUAUUUCACCAGAAACUGUUAGUAGAACCGAUAUCAGCAGUUGGAAGACUGGAACCAAGGUUAACCUCGAAAGAGCUGUGUCUCAGGAUGUCCGUUUUGGUGGGCAUUACGUUCAAGGCCAUGUCGAUACAGUAGCCACUAUCAAAUCACGCACCGUUGAUGGUAACUCCAUAGUGUUUGGAUUCAAACUGGGGGAACAAUCUUAUGAGAAGUUUAUCGUUGAGAAAGGGUUCAUCUCGUUGGAUGGUACUUCCCUAACUGUUACUACAAUUGACGACGAUGGGACUUUUUACAUCGCAAUGAUAAAGCACACUCAAGAACACGUUAUCAUGCCGUUGAAACAGGUGGGCGAUCUGGUUAAUGUCGAAGUUGAUGUUACAGGUAAAGUUAUCGAAAAGCAGAUUGAAGUGCAUCUACAAGCGCAAAUUGCCGAUUCGAAAUCUUCUUUGAGUCAACUGAUUGGUAAGAUUGUCGAAGAAAAGGUUAGAAAUGCCUUAAACAAAUGA